AUGGGAAACGACUAUCUACCAGAAACCAACAUACACCGGGAUCGUCUUAAGCUAUUCAUCAGCACACUAAAGUCCGUGUACGCCAGUAUUGUCUCAUUGAUGUUUUGUCGAGUCGGAGCGCUGUGCACAGAAGAGAUCGACCAAAAGUCAGCUCAAAUGGAGAUUGCCAACAAACUUCAAGAAGUAGGAUACCCAGUGAGUUUGAUUAAGCGUCAACUAAGAAAGCUAUUGGCUCCAGCGUCUAGACCCAGUAAGGAAUGGAUUGGCACAGUAGUCAUUCCAUAUAAAGCAGGAACAUCGGAGGUUAUUCGAAGACUGUUGAGCUUAGCCAUUCAGCUACGCUCAGUUUUGGCGCAAGUGAAAGGUCCCCUGUCGGUUGGAAGGACCAGAGAAUGUGCGUAUAAAAUUAAUUGCAACGAUUGCGCUAAGAUUUGUAUGGGACAAACUGUCAGGGAAUUGCACACCAGAAUUGGUGAGCAUAAAAGAAGGAUUAACAAACCAUUAGGGAAUGUGGAAGAAUACCAAACGCUGGUCAAAGACUCAGCGAUGGCGGCACAUGCCGUAGACACGGGACAUAGAGUAGAUCUGAAGAAUUUGGAAUUUUUAAGACGGGGACUACGAUUCACACCACAGCGGCUGAGAGCCGAGGCGAUGGAAAUUACUAAGCACCACAGUGUGAAUAGAAUCGAGGGUGUGGAGCUGGCUAGCGUAUGGAAAGCGGUCAGGCAACUGAAUGUGCUGCAUCAGGCCGCCUCAUGUUUCAGUCGCUACGAUAUUCGAGAUAUCGCGAUACAUGUAUAUCUUUGUAACGCACUACUCAUAAUGUUGCUGAAAAUCCAUCGACAGCCCACGACCGGUUUCGUAGUGACUGAAAAAGGAGGCGACCUGGUGCAGCACAUUCAGUUGCCUGGAAACAUCACAAACGAGACAUUCAGUUGGGUUCCAGGGCUUCUAGUUAAUCUUUCCUCCCCAUCUGCCGUACAGAAGAUCUUGGAGCGGGCUGGAAGCAUUCAAAAGGCCUAA